UCUUCAAACCUCCGCGGCUACCCUAUAUAAUUACACUUUUGUUGGACCUCAAUGUCGGUGCUGUAAGAUGCUGAAGAUGAUCCUAUUCCGAAAAUUCAGAGUAUUACUACUAAUGGUGUUUUUGGUGGCGUGCACGAUGCACAUUAUGAUAGACUUAUUACCCAAACUGGAGAAGCGCGCGUCUGGAGCGGACGGCAGCACCGGUGACGGCGGCUGUCAGUGCUCGCAUCACCCCGGAGCAGAGUCACAGAGCUGGGGAAAGAAUCGCGCCAGGUCGCCGGCUGAAGCUGGCUGGCCUAAUAAACACGCGCUUAGGAUCCUCCAGGACUUCAGCAACGAACCCGGCUCCAACCUCACGUCCCAUUCAUUGGAGAAGCUCGCAUCGGCCGGGGACAGAGUGGCUGCGUUUGGGAGGAUGAGAGCUCCGGGAGGGAGAGCAGCAGACCUGCACAAACCGCUCAUAGGGGACGCGAGCGGGGGAAUGACCGUGACAGCACACGGUGGAUCCAGACUGUCUGCGCUGUUUGAGCAUCCCUUGUACAGGUCUGAACUCCCGGCGCUCACGGACGAUGACACUUUGUUUAACGUCAACACGGACAUUAGAUUUUACCCCAAAACCACGGGGAGCCAGGGAUGGCAGAAUGAAGAGGGAAAUGGUGAGGAGGAAGAGUUCUCUCCUACGGCGGAGGGCACAGCAGAGUCGUACCCAAACUGGCUGCGCUUCCACAUUGGGAUCAACCGUUACGAGCUGUACCCCAGACACAGCGCAGUGCUGGAGGCUCUGCUCAAAGACCUGGUCACUCAGAGGAUCACUAGUGUGGCCAUGAAAUCGGGAGGCACACAGUUGAAGUUGAUUCUGACUUUCCAGAACUACGGACAAGCGUUGUUUAAACCAAUGAAGCAAACCCGUGACCAGCAGACACCGCCAGACUUUUUCUACUUCUCUGACUUUGAGAGACACAAUGCAGAAAUCGCAGCCUUUCAUUUGGAUAGAAUUCUAGAUUUCCGCAGAGUGCCCCCAGUGGCCGGCCGCCUCGUCAACAUGACCAGAGAGAUCCGAGAUGUGACACGUGACAAGAAGCUGUGGAGGACGUUCUUUAUCUCUCCAGCGAACAAUGUGUGCUUCUAUGGCGAAUGCUCUUACUACUGCUCCACUGAACACGCCCUGUGCGGUAAACCAGAUCAGAUUGAGGGCUCACUCGCUGCAUUCCUGCCAGACCUGAACUUAGCCAAACGUAAGACUUGGAGAAACCCAUGGAGACGCUCAUAUCACAAACGCAAAAAGGCAGAAUGGGAGGUGGACCCUGAUUAUUGCGAUGAGGUCAAGCAGACACCUCCGUAUGAUCGAGGUACACGGCUUCUGGACAUUAUGGACAUGACCAUUUUUGACUUUUUGAUGGGUAACAUGGACCGCCAUCAUUAUGAAACCUUUGAGAAGUUCGGAAAUGACACCUUCAUCAUUCACCUUGACAAUGGGAGAGGGUUUGGAAAUUCCCAUGAUGAGGUGUCUAUUCUGGUGCCUCUCAGUCAGUGCUGCAGAGUUCGAAAGUCGACAUAUCUCCGGCUUCAGCUGCUGGCCAAAGAGGAGUACCGCUUGAGCACCCUGAUGGAAGAGUCUCUGCUCCAGGACCGUUUGAGCCCUAUCCUGAUCCAGCCGCACCUACAGGCCUUAGACCGUCGCCUCCGGCUGAUCCUGCAGGUCCUAGCAGGCUGCAUAGACAAAGAAGGGUACAUCAAUGUGGUGGAGGAGGACUUGGCUGAGGUCACAGCCACCCACAGGAGUCCAGGGUACAGGUAGUGAGCCACCUACCACACACGGAUAAUGGACCGGAUCUGUGGUACUUUGAUUUUUGGGAUUGUGCCAUGCUGAAUUCAGUGAAUUCCAAGACCUGCCUGGGUGGACCUUGCUUCUAAGUGUUUUUAGAAACAUUAGCCGAAGACUGCUCUGACUGAAGUUUUGUAUUUGUUAGAUACAAAUGUAUUUUGUUUUAUCAAAUGUUGUUUAUCACAUAAUGGAGCCACUGCUGUGUUCUGUCAUGUUUUAAAUAAAGCGUUUCAAUGUUGAAUAUAAAAGACAUAUCCAAAAAUGAACCGGAGAGUGCAUGGUCAUGCUAAUGGACGAUAAGCUUUAACAAUGAGUUUAUCUAAAGGUGUCAUUGUCAUUAUAACAUUAUAUCAUAACACAUGUAAGAAGUGCAGUUGACUGUAUUCAGCAGGACCCUCACUUAGCCUUAUGAACUUACUCUGUGUGUUUACUAUUUUCUGGUUGGUUUUACAGGGCAUAUUUUUGGUGUCAAAAUGUCUCACUUUCUAACCCCUAAAUCUAAUGUCUUCUUUAAGAUGUAACAAUUUUCAUGAUUAUUUCAAAAAGCACACUUAAUUUGUGCUUUUGUACUAUUUUACAGUUCAUACAAUGCAAAAUACAAAUACUGUAUAUUAAGCUAUUUAUUAAAAAGCCACUAAAAUUCAUUCACUAAAAUUAUGUUUCAUUUUUUAAUUUAAAAUUUACUUCAGGUACUAUUUUUAUAUUAAGAUACUGGACACAAACAACUGUUGAUUUAAAUGUAAUGCUGAAAUGGUGUCUGUGCAAUUCUUACUUUUUAGUUUUUCAAUUUUUUAUUAUUUUUAUUUUUUAUGACUUCUUUUUCUGCCCCUUAUUCCCACCUGUGUACUGGCUGACCCAGUUCUAGUGCAAUGAAAGAUACAUGUGACUUGAAUGUUUCCUGGGUUCGCUUCACAGGAUUUUAAUCUAUACCAACAGAAAGCUAAGACUUCAUCAUUAAACUGAACAGUUUUUAUUUUCUAUGUAAAUAUCUAUAAAUAAUUUGAAAACCAAGCUGCACCGUGUUUUCUUCUGUUCUGCUAUACUGCAUUGUUACUGUGAAGAUCUGUUUACUACAUAAAUAAAGUGUGCAAUAAAAAGA